AUGAUUAAGCCAUUUAAAUACGAUCAAAAGCAUCCUGAUCGUGAUCCAGAGCCAAUCAAUGGACAUGGAACUUAUAUUGAUAAAUGGGAUGAAGAUCAUGUUCAUAUGCCGUGUUCGCCAUUAUCAUUGACUGUUGACUUUGCUAAUGAAUAUAUUGGUGGUGGUGUCAUGGGUGAUGGUUGUGUUCAAGAAGAAAUUCGUUUUACGGUCUGUCCAGAGAUGUUAACUAGUUUACUUGUCUGUGAAGUAAUGAAAGAUGACGAAUGUAUUUUUCUUAUUGGUUGUGAACGUUAUUGUUCAUAUAAAGGUUAUGGGUUUGGCUUUCGAUUUAAUAAUGAUUAUAUCGAUAAUACACCGAGAGAUUCUUGGGGUUGUCGCAUGUGUCACGUAGUUGCCAUUGAUGCAAUUUGCUUUUCGGAUAGACGAUCGCAAUUUUCAAUGGAAACUACAGAACGAGAAUUGAUCAAAGCUUACACAGGUUUUCAGACGUUGAAUAUACCCGCAGAACAACCUCGUGUCGGCGUUGCUACUGGUAACUGGGGUUGUGGUGCUUUCAAUGGCGAUGUAGAACUAAAAGCAAUUAUUCAAUUAAUGGCUGCUUCCGAAGCACAACGUCCAUUAGUUUAUGUUACAUAUCGAGAGCAAGCAUUAGCACAAUUGUUCUCGUCAGUUUGGGAUCAUUUAAUUGAUCAUCAAGCAACUGUCGGUCAUCUUAUGCAGCUUUUGGAAAUGUAUAUCAAGAGAGAAUUUUAUACACGAAUGGGAUUAUUCGAGUUUAUUAUGGCAGAAACAAGUGCACAGCAUAUCCUGAAAUCAGGUCUUUGA